AAAAUUUUUAACAUUUCUUGAUUUUAUUUUCACAUGGAUAGUUUGUCCUUUACAUUAGAGUAUGGUUGAUCAACUGCACAGAUAUCUAUUGCAAUGAAGUCGUUCAAACUUAUAGUUCAUCAGAAACAGUUCAGUGAGGAUGAGCUGGUAUUGAACUUGAAGGAAUUCCCAGAUGUAUGCAUUGGCGAUAUUGUUGAGAUAUACCACCCAGAGGAUGGAUACAGUCGGUUGUUACUGCAGGUCAAGGCACAGAAGGAAGAGCAGUCGACCAACAAAGAAACUGUCAGCAUUAAUCAGGCAAUAGCUCAAGAGUUUAAACUGAGAACUUUCCAAGAUGUCUAUGUGAACAAGAUCAACCCAAAGGAUGUCGCUUUGGACCUGGUUGAGUUAAACUUCAAGGAUCAAUACUUUGGCAGGAGUGAGAUGUGGAGAUUGAGGUGCAAACUGGUGAACAGCUGUGUUUAUCUGACAAAGAAACUGGAGUUUGCUCAAAUGAGUGCCAAAGUUGGUGAGAUGUGGGCCAAGGGGGAGAAGGUCACCUGUGGGGUAGUUACAGAUGAUACUAGGUUGGCAUACAGAUCCCUGACAGCGGUUUACAACCUUUUUAUACAAAUGAGUCUCGAGAUGUGGGACUUUGACCCAUAUGGAGAUCUCUACUUCGAGAAAGCUGUUAACGGCUUCCUUAAAGACAUGUUCGCCAAGUGGCAAGAGAAAGGAUGCUGUCAUGACGUCACAAUUGUUAUGUUCUCGCGGACAUUCUAUGACGCACAUUCUUUAGAUGAGUUCCCCGAAGGCAUGAGAGAGUGUAUCCAAGUUGACUAUCAGGGUAGAUACUAUGAGGACUUUUGCAGGGUUGUAAUACAGAAUGAAAGGUUUGAAGACUGGACAUCAACUAUAAUAAAGCUGAAGGAGUUAUUCAUUGAAUAUCCAGAUCGUGUGCUAAACUAUCACAAGGCAGAGUACCCCAAUCAAAAGAUCCCACAGGCGAGGAAUUCAACUGCUGCAGAGGGCAACUUUCUGGAGGUCCUCAACAUGUCUUUAAACUUGUUUGAAAGGUACUACAUUGACCGUAUCUUUGACCGUACAUGUAAGGCUUCAGUCGUAAUAACACCUGGCGCUGGAGUAUUCGAAGUAGAUAGAGAACUCAACAAUAUUACCAAGCAACGGUCCAUAGACUGUGGGGCAGGAUCUGAUCUAGUAUGUAUGGGGGAACAGCCUUUACACGUGGUGCCGUUAUUUAAGUUUCACAACAAAUAUGCGAGUGUGACAAAUGAUGUUGGAGAUGACUAUAAUAUUCCUCACUGGGUCAAUCACAGUUUCUACCAAUCACGGAGCCAGCUCCAGCUUCAGUUGAACUCCAAGUUUGUGCCAAGAACCAAACCCACCCCUCUCAACCAUAGUGAACCAGAGAGAGAUAUUAAACUGUUCAGUAACAAGAACACCCAGUACUUCAACAAUGAAGACCAGAACUUUCCCUUCAUGGACUAUGAUGAAUAUGACAGCAAAAUAUUCUUCAAGCCAAACACGCAGUCAAAUGUCAAGCUUGGAACGAGGGAAAUCCGCAGUUCCCCAGCUGUAAACAAGCGCCUGCCUCACUCAAUCAGCGAGGCACGUCGCUAUCACAUCCCACGCACACGUCACAUCUCUGACGAAUUUUCGUUUCACUCGAGAGAGACAAGAGAGAAGAGUCCUGGGUCGACCCAAGCUAUAGGAAUUCCUGCUAUGAAAUCUGUGGCCUCUGCAGAAUAUUUCUCCACAUCAUUGACCCAUGUGCCAGAGAAUUUUGUCAGUCGAAAUUCCACUAGCUCCUCCACCACAGAUCGCGACGAUGAUCUGACCAAUGAGAGUGAGCGACUAGUGGUUGGGAGUGCGGGAUCUCCUGUGGGGUAUCAGUGCAAAAGUACUUUACGUCAAGACACUCGCCAACGACGUGCCCUCAUUAACCCUUUCCAGCCUGCAACGAUGAAAUUCAAAUUGACCUCGAAUAGACGACGUUGGGUACACGUCUUUCCUAUUGGACCAUCUGGCAGUGCAAUGCAAUCACACCACUACCAUAGUGAGAGUACCUCAGACUCCUACAGUUCAUCACCCAGCAGCAAAGAUAUGUUAAUGCAAUUACAGAGGUCUCGUAUACAGAGUGACAGUGAAGAGAGCAGCAGUUAUCCUAUAGGGCAUAGAGGCAGGUCUCCCACCGUUCUCUCAACUGAUUCUGCAGAUAGCCAAGACACAGUAGUUAAGCUCCCCACCUCUCAAAGUAACGCUAGCCUUGGCUUAAAUCUUCCACAAAGCAUGGGUAAUAGCGUAACAAGUGUAUCUGCAGCCUAUGAUCAAGGUAUCAAGUCAUCUAAAUCAUCUGGUGCUAGUGGGUAUUUUAAGAGGGUGACCCAUGAUGAUAUGGAGAAGUCAUUCGCAUGGGGACCAACUGGAGAACAGGAAUGGACUCCUGAGAUGUAUACUGCUGUUGACUGGAAAUCGCUGACAUCUCCUGCCUCUCUGCCAAUCACAACAGACUACCUGCCUGAUAAGAAUAGCCUACAGAUAGACUAUGUCAUUAAUGAGUACCCACUGCUCCCAGAUAACUACAACAUGGAGUUAUGGUCUAACAGAAAAUCUGUGUCAGAAGAAGAGAGUAAAAUUAAGAGGAAACCAUUGACAACGCAGCAAGUGUUCAGAGAGAUGGUCAACCAGAGGAUAGCAAGGGGUUUCCAGAUGAUUGUGAAGCCCCAUGCUUCUUCCAGAGUCUCCAGAGUCAUUCAGCCACAGUUGACGAGUGCACAAAACCAGCUGAGAACGGGAAUAAGGGCCAGGUCGCGUGUACAACAAACUGAGGAGUAUUACUUGAGUAUUGGUCGCAUCUUUCACAAGAUCUCCCUCACUGGUUCUACCAUAACAGUUACGUGCUACAAACCAAGACACCCCUACCCCCAGAAGACAAUCCAGAGCAAAUACAGGUUCCAGUGUCCUGACUCUUUCAAGUAUGACGUGUCUUGGACUGAGUUCUCCAAUGAGAAGGUAGAGAAUUACAACUGGAAUUAUUUGGACCAGUAUAUCUGUACACGAGGGGAGGGGGAAUUCUCCUUGAUGGAGUCACUAAAAUAUUGGCGGAGUCGACUUUAUCUUUUGCCAUGUAACAACCAGGCCACCAAACGUAUUGUAGAUGGCAGCACCAGAUGUGAUAUUUUUGAAGCAUGCACUGAAGAGGAAAACAACCAACUAAUCGAUGGAUUCUUGCGAUUUGUUGAAACUAUCAACAAAAUACGUCGCCCAGGUCAAACCAGAAAGCCCAAGAGGUCACGGCGGGCAAGUUUAACGACUAUUCCUGCAUUACAACAUAGAGAUAAAGCUGAGCGUGAGAGAUUUGGUAGCCGCCCUGGGGCAGUGUCUCCCAUUCCCCCAGAGAAAGCAUUUUAUUCCCAGAUGUCUGACAAUCAGGGUGUCACUGGGACCCCUGUUCAGGUCUUAGAUCUUAAGAAGUCUGCCACCUAUGGGUCACCCUUGUCACUACAUGAGCCCAGCCAGUCUUACAUCCACCCCAGUGCGACCAGUGUCAGGAUGGGGGAGAGCAUCCCCUCGAGAGGAGAGCUACCACCCCCUGCUCCUGCAGAUGAGAUAGUCCACACACUUAGCUUAAAUUCAUCGUCCCAGGACAUCAUAGCAGGAAUGAUUGACACACAUGAAGGGCUGUCAUUCCUAACGAAGCAGGCUGGUCUCCCUAGCUACUGCUUUGUAUCAUUUGAAGCGGUUGCCUGGGUGAAGUGCUACCUAGAGGGCGCUGUAACUGACUACCAGGCCAUAGAGAUCCUACAACGUCUCAUCACGGAAGGUUACGUCAUACAUGCUUCUGGAAAUCCUCGUCACAAGUUUAUCCAUGGAUUCUAUCUUUACUGCAUUAUGACUGCGGGCAAGGAGAAAGGCAAAGAUGUCCAAUCUAGCCUGUCAUCCAUCAGUCUUUACGAGAACACAUCAUUUCAAUAUGAAUGGUGUGAAAUAGCAAUCCACAGUCAUAACCUACAUGCUGAUCAUGCCAACCAAUUGGCCAGUUCAUCUUCUGACCCUAACCUUCAGAGUAGAGCCAAGUCCACUUGGGACAGUGGUGCAGCAUCUAGUCCGACUCGUACUCAGUAUUUAUCAGGUGCCCCUAUGCACAAGUAUGUGAAUGUGGAUAUAGACCCAAAUGAACAGAGUGACAGACCAGAGUGGGGGACAGCAAGAUAUCAUGGGCAUUACCAUCCUAACUGUGGCUUUGAAUUGGAGGUCUGCUGGAUGGUGGCCACAGGAUGUAUACUUGGGGAUCUGAUGAAUAACUGGGUUAGAAGAGCUGGAGCGUAUGGCUUUCACUUAGUGCCCGUCCCGAGUGACCCCUUCGCUCUGCCAUAUACCCCCCAAUCUGACCCCUUAAGAGGACCCAUUUUUGUACCCCUCAAUGUUGACGCACUAAAGAAUGAAAAUGGAAAGAUAUUUCCAGCUGGAAGCAACAGUGAUGUUCAAGAGCAACAGAGAGUACAUGAUCAGCUGUACACUUUCCAGGAAAAGAUUCUAGCAAGGUUUGGUUUCAUGAGAGACAGAUAUUCACCCGAUGACAGUGGACACAACAAUAAUGAGCCCCAGCAGUUCAUUCACUGUACGGGUGGUAUGUUUACUCUCAUCCCCGACAGUCGUAGUGCCUCACCCCGUCCAUCAAGCACCUCAUACCGCAAACAAUCACGAUCUUCUAGCCUCCAUAAGGACUACAUCGCCAAGCGUAAUCGUACAGACAGUUUCUCGUCGAUUAAGCCCGACCCCUUAGUCGACAUUGGUUUCCUGUGGUCCUGGAAUCAUCUCCUCUCGAAAAAAUGGCGAUCGAGCAACACUGGAGAUGACGAAUUUAGAGAUAAGAUGUUGGCAGAUUUUCGAGCAUUUUGCCAAAAUGAUAAUAACCGCUUAAAAGAGUUUUACCAAAUGGAAACUCAAGGAUUUGUGACUGAAGAGACGGGUGACUGUAACCAUAGUAAUGAAGAGUAUCAUGGUAACCAUAGUAAUGGAGAAUAUCAUGAAGCUCACAAUGGAGAUGAUACUGAACAUUUAACCGGAUCACCUGUCAAAUUUUAUUGAAAAAUUCUCUAAUCCGAAAUAACGAUGCAGGUAGUGGCUAAGUGUUCCUUGGAUAAAAUCGUAUGGUGGUUCUAAGAGAUAAAAUGCAUAAUGAACUAAGAAUGAAAGAUGUAUGGAGCAAACUGGUGGAAACUGGACAAGUGCCUUCACUGAGAGAGCUUGAGAGCUGACAUGGUUUACUGUAUACAGUGAAACCUGUAAAUUAGGAACACCUCUAGAAGUGAAACAC